AGGCGGCCGCCGAAGAUAGCGCAGGGCAGCCGCAGCCGUGCCGCUGCUCGGCAGCUCUGUCCUCCCCGCACCCGCGGCAUCCGAACAAGGCACCGCUCCGCGCAAGACAAUGUUAUUGUUGAAGAUUACUCAGAUGCCUUCUGUCCAUUUUCUGCCUCACAUGCUAUGUCAUGAAAGCUUUGAUACACUUAGUACAUAAUUUAAAUGAAUGACUACUCUGGCAAGCAUAAUGGAAGGCACGCAUACUGUCCUUCAAUUGCACAAACCCAUAAUGGAGGUUUGUUACAUCAGCUUCUAUCUUCCAGAGGGAAAAGUCAGAGGAUUUACUUACAGGGGCUGUGUGACUCUGGAUAGAACCAGUAAACGUUUCUGUAAUUGCUAUAAAGUACAGGAGAGAUUGCAGAUGAGAGAACAGCCACAUGAAAAUUUCAGAGAUAUUAUUUUCAAGCAAACUACAACAAAAGACAUUCUCACUGAGCUGUACAGACUAACUGCUGAAAAGGAAAAACUGUUAUCCAAUCUUUUGAGAUCGCAUCACAUUCUGGGCCUCAAUACGGGACAUCAGGAGGAAAAGAAACAGGCUGUUUCUGGAGUCACAAAACUUAAAUGUGAUGAUUGUUCCAGUUUUGCAUAUCAUCAGGAGUUCUUUCUGGAUUCUGCAAAGAGAGACAAAUUACAUGGCAAGAAAAUGAGGAAAUAUGGAAAAGAGAGCUUUGAUGAAUUCAGGCACUGGAAAGGAAGAAAUAAGUUGUAUGAACAACAUUCUUUACUGAGGGGGCAAGGCAUGCAAAUGAGUAAUGAGAAGAUGCUCCCCAUGAGACUUUCUACCAGGAGUUUUCCCAGUUCCUUUUCUGCCUCCAGUUGUGUAACAGCAAAAGGUGAAGACUAUUUAUUACCAGAUGCUGGUAUACAACCAGCAAGAGGGAUAAAAGAAGGGUAUUUUCUUGAAAGCAACAAAGCUAUGAAACUGGAUGCUAACUUAACAAGUUCUGUAUCAAAAGACAACGGUGAUAAAGUUGCAAUUGAACUACUGGAUAAUGCAGAAUGCAUUCCUGAAGUUAUAAAUGCACAGCAGAGUAUCAUGUUGGUAAAAUCAUCUCAGGAAAAUCUAUCUAACAACCUAGAGAAGUUAAGCAAAUCUGCAGUUCCUAAAACCUUGAAAAAUAACAAGUGUGAGGACCAGGUAUGCAAGAAGAAACCAGGAUUCAGAAUUGCUGCUGAAGUACAGGAUUCAGAAGCUUGUGACAAAAAAGCUGCGAAAACCCAUGUAGAGUCUUUAUCUGAUUUUCACAAAAAAAUGGUUUCUCCUGUUUUCACGACAGUACACAAUGUGUCUAUAUCAAGAACUGGUGGAUAUUCAGCAGAUGAAACUGCUGGAUACUAUAGAAACAGUGUGCAGCAGGAAGAGGAGCAAGAUGGCUCUGUUUUGAAGUACAAAGCAGAGAGAGUGCACAUUACCGAUGAGUCAUGCAACCUUGUGGGAGCAGUCAAUAAAGCUCUUCUGAAAGUUAUACAGAGUGACAGUUUAGAUGAAGCUGCAGAAUGGAAGAGACUGAAACAAAUUACAAGAGUAGACAGAAACCUGCCAGGCUCAAUAUAUGAGAAAAGAACCACGGUAUCCUGGGGAAAAAACAAUCAUUUAUUUCUGAACUUGCCUGUAAAUGAAGACCCUGAUGAUUCUCAGACAAGUAAUAAGCUGGAAGAGAAAAAGCUACAUUCACCCUCGUUACUAGCAGUGAGUAAUGUUUUUAGUAAUUCCUAUCUACUAUCUAAUGCACACAAACGAAUGUCACCUAUUCCUUCUCCAUUAUCUUCAAGACUGCCUACCCCGCAGCUGCAUCAUCGGAUUCUUCCAUUACCUGCACAGAACUCUGAAGACGAACCUAUGUUUGGUGACUACUGCAGUGGGAGACAAAGUGCUAUAAACCUCUCUUUCAAUGAUUUGGAGCCACCAUUUUAUCUGAAGUUUUCUGAACCUGGAGAAUUAGGAUUUGCCAUCAGACAACCAUGCUUACAUCAGAAUGCAACUGCAGGGCAAUUUGAAAAGCGCACUCUGCAUGAGAGACUAACUACUCAGACAAAGCAGAAUUUCUGUGCAGGGAAUGGAGAAAAUAAUCCCAGUUUUGUUGCUGAGCUUGACAAUCUUGAUCCUGCCUAGUGUAUGGAUUAGCAUAAGAUGCCAAUCCUGAUUAGCCCAAAGAACUCUAUUUUUCUUCUCAUCAGGUGCUGUUUGCCUUUUUAUCAAAGUGACUAGAGAAUGCUUAACAAAUUUCAUCACUAUCUAGGUAAAAAAAAAAAAAAAAAAGUUUCCAUUCUUGUCAGGUUCUGAUGGACAGUAAGACCUUUGGGUUUCAGGGUUUCUGAAAGGUUUUGUUUAAAGGUUACCAGAAAAUGAGCUUUAUGGGUUGAAACUAGCUGAGACUUAGUGAGCAAGAUUUUUUUUGUUAAGGAGCUAUCUUUUUGGUAGUUAAAUCCAGCGCAAUUACUUCUGUAACAACUUCAAAAGGGAAUGUUUUUCAUCCAGAUCAUACAGGUGUCCUUUAAUUUGAACAGAGUUGUCAUUUUUUUCCUUUUUUGUUCAUUUUGUUAGUUCUCCAUGUCAUUUCUUACACUCAUUUCCUUUUAAUUCCUACUUUUUUUUUUUUUAAUCUUCAAUUGAAGUAAUAUAGAUGCUUUUAUACCAGCACUAUCAUGCUGGCGUGUGUUGGAUUUGCACGUCUUGCCCAUACUAACAACCUACUGCUCUUCCAGUUUGAUCUGAGAACUUUUGGCUGGCUGGAUACUCUUGUUCAAAGGGCAGCUUGACCUUCAACAAUUCUUCUCCUUAGUUUCUGAGAUGUGUCUGUACAGGCCUUGUACAUCUGUGGUGAGAAGGCUGACAUUACCCAGCCUCUCACACCCCAGUAACUUGCAGUCAUUCUACUCUUCCUACACAGAAGGAACUUGAGUUUUUUUCAUGUGGGUUAUGAGUGAUGAUAGGCUAAAUGGGGAGUUCAGGUUAUAAACAAGGACAUGACAUAGCCUGGACUUGAGGCUUUAAUAAUAUAGAUGGUCUAUGAGACAGAGAUUAAAGGGAGU